GUUGAUAAAAAUGUUCUGCGCUAUUUACGUACUUCCUCUUCAAUCGAGCCCCGAAGACUUGGCUAGAACAUGUCCAGCGACUCUGCAGAUUUUAACAGCUCUAGAGAUAGAGACCAUGGAGACAGUGGCGGCCCAGAAGGAAUGGAGCCCGAUGGCAUCAUCGAGAGCAACUGGAAUGAGAUCACCGACAACUUUGAUGACAUGAGCCUGAAGGAGACCCUCCUCAGGGGAAUCUAUGCCUACGGUUUUGAGAAGCCAUCCGCCAUUCAGCAGCGAGCAAUCAUUCCAUGCAUUAAGGGUUACGAUGUUAUUGCUCAGGCCCAGUCCGGUACAGGGAAGACGGCCACGUUCGCCAUCUCCAUCCUGCAGCAGCUGGACCUCGAGCAGAAGGAGACCCAGGCUCUGGUCCUGGCUCCUACCAGAGAGCUGGCACAACAGAUCCAGAAGGUCAUUCUGGCUCUGGGGGACUACAUGGGGGCCACGUGCCACGCUUGCAUCGGUGGCACUAACGUGCGCAACGAGAUGCAGAAACUCCAGGCGGAGGCGUACCACAUAGUGGUAGGGACCCCUGGACGCGUCUUCGACAUGCUGAACCGCCGCUACCUUUCUCCUAAGUGGAUUAAGAUGUUUGUCUUGGACGAGGCAGAUGAAAUGCUGAGUCGAGGAUUCAAGGAUCAGAUCUACGAAAUAUUCCAGAAGUUGAGCACAAACAUCCAAGUUGUGCUGCUGUCGGCCACCAUGCCUUCAGACGUCCUGGAGGUGACCAAGAAGUUCAUGCGGGACCCCGUACGCAUCCUGGUGAAGAAGGAAGAGCUUACCCUCGAGGGUAUCAAGCAGUUCUACAUCAACGUGGAGCGAGAGGAGUGGAAGCUGGACACCCUCUGCGACCUCUACGAGACUCUGACAAUCACCCAGGCCGUGAUCUUCCUGAACACCAGGAGAAAGGUGGACUGGCUGACAGAGAAGAUGCACGCCAGGGACUUCACCGUCUCUGCCUUGCACGGCGACAUGGACCAGAAGGAGCGUGACGUGAUCAUGCGGGAGUUCCGCUCUGGAUCCAGCAGGGUCCUGAUCACCACUGAUUUGCUGGCUCGAGGCAUUGAUGUCCAGCAGGUCUCUCUCGUCAUAAACUAUGACCUUCCCACGAACAGAGAAAACUACAUCCACAGAAUUGGACGUGGUGGCCGUUUCGGCAGAAAAGGAGUUGCCAUUAACUUUGUUACCGAGGAGGACAAGAGGAUCCUGCGGGACAUCGAGAGUUUUUACAAUACUACUGUUGAGGAGAUGCCUAUGAAUGUGGCUGAUCUGAUUUAGAAAAAAAAUCCUCCCUGGGCUGGUGUCUUUUUGUGCAGUGCUCUCUGGCUCAAAUAAAACAGGUGCAUUGUGCUUAUUUUAUCAGAAAGUGGUGAAUCUUGUCUCAAUGCUGAAUCCUGGAUGAGAAAAAAAAUAAACUGACAUUUUGCCAAGUAACGUGGCCUCGGCCGCGAGUUCUCUUUAGGGGACCUCAGUAGCUACUGUCCUUCCAAUAACCAUUAGACUACUGGGGUACCUGUAGAGAUGGGGUCUUACAGAAUCUUCUUUCGUAGGUAUAUUUUUCCUAGACCAAUAAAGGCGUGUGUAAUAGAUGUUCUCUAUCGUUUGAUAAUUUACUUGUGGACUAAAAGGUAUAAGUGCUGUAUUAAAUCUGCCAAUUAUGUUCAACUAACAUACAUGCAGUUAUUGUAGUACUUGGGUCUGCAGUAAAAUGGCCUUCCAAAUUUCCUUUUCAAGCACUUUCCAGAUAACUUUGUGCAAUGUAUUUAACUUUUGUUUUUUUAUUAAGUGACCCUCAAUUCUGGGCCAUAGUAUAUAUACCGGUAUACAAUAAGCUAGCUGAUCUUGGAUUGUACCCCUCUGAACCCCCCCUUUCAAAAUAAAGUGAACUAUGGUUA